AUGAUCUUCUUUUUAUUUUCUAAUAUAGGUAUAUUGGUCUUCGAACGUAUUCAUCAUCAAAAUAAAUUAAACUUCAUCUAUGCUAUUAUGCAAUGCACACUAAAUAGAUCUUCGAUUGUACCUGCUAAUAUUCCAGUGUGUGCUACGAUUCAAGAAGCUUGUUAUAUCAUUAGUACUCAUCCUGAUCUUACUGAAUUAAAUAAUGCACUUAUUUCAAAUAUUAAAACGACUUUUUAUUGCUAUUCUUGUCAUAAAGUACCUGAUUCUCUGCAAAAGCAAGCUGCUCAAAUAUAUAUAUAUAAAUUACCUCAUACAAAUAAAAUUGUUGCUCAUCCUGUGUUAUUGAACGUUGAUGUUGACGAUAGUCGACAAGAACAUUGUACGUAUUGUAAUUGUUCAUCCAAAAAUAUAGAAAUGCCUGUAUGCAAACAAGUGUUUAUUCAAUGUCCAAGAUACUUAAUAAGAUUUGUCGAGAGCAAUUUUCAAAUAAAUAAUUUAUUUGAUUCAAGAAUAAAAUUAACUGAUGAUCAAAAUGCAGUUCAUUGUUAUAAACCUGCAGCCAUAUUAUUGAUCAGUCGGUACAGUGAUACAGCUACUGUGAUAAAACAAGAAGCUGGUGUUUAUGUUGAAUAUAAUGGUAAUACUUAUUCACAAACAACACCUUUAUCAAACUCCAAAAUGGCAGAUCUCUUCGAUACUUGUGGUGCGAUAUUAUUAUUCUAUCAUCAGUAUUUCUUAUCAUUUUCGUUUGAAACAGUAACUGAUCAAUCACGUAUGCGAAUUAUUUCUCAAGCUAAUGUCAAUGGUGGGCAACGUAUAAUAAUUCAAGAUGGUGAACGACUUUUUGCAAUAACAGCAACACAAACCAACACAAAAAACAGUUAA